CUACUCCACUUCCCAGUUCCCGUCCCUUUCAGCUGGGGAGAAAGGUUCCCCGCAAUCUCGCUAGGGUUGCCACGAUGGCGACACCGCGUUCCCCGAGCUCCCGAGGCGACGCCCCCAUGGACUCGGCGCCUCUCCUAGGAGGCGGUGGCCAGCGUCGCAGGGGCGUGCUCCGGGGUGCGGCGCGGCUGCUGCGGCGGGGCGGGCGCCGGGCAAUGCGGGAGCCGUCGCUGCGUGUGCGGGAGGCCGCAGCGGAGGAGCUGGAGGAGCGGCAGGCCGACUGGGCCUACUCCCGCCCCGUAGUGGCGCUCGACCUCCUCUGGAACCUCGCCUUCAUCCUCGUCUCCGCCGUCGUGCUCGUGCUCAGCCACGACGAGAGCCUGUCCAUGCCGCUCCGCCUCUGGAUCGCCGGGUACGCCGCCCAGUGCGCCGUCCACAUGGUCUGCGUCGCCAUCGAGUAUCGUAUGCGCCACGGCCAUCGUGGCGGGGCCAUAAUGGCCGCCGACGAUGAGAUCGGAAGUGGCGCAUCGUCCUCAUCCAGUGACGACGACGACGGCGAGCGCGGCUCCCGUGGUCUCAGUGGCGACUUCGUCAGUAUAGCAAAACAUCUGGAGUCUGCUAACACAAUGUUCUCGUUCAUAUGGUGGAUAAUUGGAUUUUACUGGGUGUCUGCUGGCGGAGAAGUUCUUACCCGUGACGCGCCUCAACUUUACUGGCACACAAAUUUUGUCUGCAGGCUUUGCAUCAUCUUCCUGGCAUUUGAUGUCUUCUUUGUCGUCUUUUGUGUUGCUUUGGCUUGCAUUAUUGGUAUUGCUGUUUGUUGCUGCCUUCCUUGUAUCAUAGCAAUUUUAUAUGCAGUGUCUGAUCAGGAGGGAGCAUCUGAAGAUGACAUUCGCCAAAUUCCGAAAUACAAAUUCCAGAGGGUGGAAGAGCCUGAAAAGCAGUCUGUCAGUGUGACUGGAUCUUCUGGUGGACUAAUGAUAGAAUGUGGCACCAACCAACCUAUUGAAAAAGUACUUGCAGCUGAAGAUGCGGAGUGCUGCAUUUGCCUUUCGUCAUAUGAUGAUGGUGCAGAGCUCCGUGAACUCCCCUGUGGGCACCAUUUUCACUGUGCCUGCAUUGAUAAGUGGCUGCACAUCAACGCUACAUGCCCCCUAUGCAAGUACAAUGUUCGCAAAAACACCAGCAGCAGUGGCAGCGAAGAAGUAUAAAUCUCCAUGUGAGAAUACCGAGCAUUCGUAUCCAUCCUUAGAGUUCUGUGGCUGGUGAUCAUCCCAAAAUCCUGUGAGCGUGCAUCUUUGCUAAUAUAGUUAAAAAAAAAUGAGCCAUGUAAUUUUUUGUAUUCUUAUGCCCAUAGUGAUAAUCUUGUCAAAAUUGCUCUUGCCAUCGUGUAUGCAUUCAUAUCGUUUCUCCAUUUCAUUGUAGCAUAUACGUUCGUGUCUUUUGGAGCACCUAUUGAACUGCACCCAUAGUUUCCCUGCUUGUUUGUGUAGUCUACUAGUGUUUUAAUAAUAAUACUAGCAAGGCAAAAUUUCGCUUGA